AUCAGUUACCAACUGGCAACUUGUUCGCUGGCUAAAUCUCACUGCAGUAAUCUCUUGAGCUGCGAGGUGACAUGGCUUGACGAAACUCUACGGGAAUUUUCAGGAAAUACAACAGGUGGACGAGCCCACGCAAUGCCCCGUGGACCACCGUCAGACGGCACCAUGGAAGACAAUAAGCUCAAUGACUCGAACGUAAAAGUCGCUGUUCGUGUGCGACCAAUGAGCAGAAGAGAAAAAGACCUCACGACAAAAAGUGUGGUUGAAAUGGAAGGGAACCAGACAAUAUUGAAUCCUGCCAUUGUGACUUUGAGCAAAGGAGACCCCCGGAAUCAGCCAAAGGUUUUUGCUUAUGAUCACUGUUUCUGGUCCAUGGACGAAUCCCAGAGAGACAAGUUUGCAGGUCAAGAAGUAGUGUUCCAGUGCCUUGGGGAGAGUUUGCUAGACAAUGCCUUUAUGGGUUACAACGCUUGCAUCUUUGCUUAUGGGCAAACAGGCUCCGGCAAGUCUUACACCAUGAUGGGCUCAGCAGAGCAGCCUGGUCUGAUCCCUCGCCUCUGCAGCUCCUUGUUCUCCAGGACCAUGCAGGAGGCUCGAGAGGGAGAGAGCUUCACUGUGGAAGUCUCCUACAUGGAGAUUUACAAUGAGAAAGUCCGAGACCUGCUCGACCCUAAAGGAAACCGUCAAGCACUAAGGGUAAGGGAGCACAACGUUUUAGGACCUUACGUUGAUGGGCUGUCACGUCUGGCUGUGGCUAGCUACAAGGACGUUGAAUCUCUGAUGUCAGAGGGAAAUAAAUCUCGCACUGUGGCCUCCACAAACAUGAAUGAAGAGAGCAGCCGAUCUCAUGCUGUGUUUAACAUCAUACUCACUCAUACUCUAAUGGACCUACAAUCGGGGACACGUGGAGAGAAGGUAAGCAAGCUCAGUCUCGUGGACCUGGCAGGAAGUGAGCGUGCAGCAAAGACUGGGGCAGCUGGUGAAAGGCUGAAAGAAGGCAGCAACAUUAACAAAUCUCUUAGCACAUUGGGUUUGGUGAUCUCAGCCUUGGCGGAUCAAGGUGCAGGAAGGAACAGGAGCAAGUUUGUUCCCUACAGGGACUCUGUGCUCACCUGGCUGCUCAAGGACAGUUUGGGGGGGAACAGCCGCACAGCCAUGGUGGCCACGAUCAGCCCAGCAGCAGACAAUUAUGACGAGACUCUGUCCACCCUGCGUUAUGCUGACCGGGCCAAAAGCAUUGUCAACCACGCUGUGGUCAACGAAGACCCCAAUGCCAGAAUAAUCAGGGAGCUGCGAGAGGAAGUAGAGAAACUGAAGGAGCAGCUUACAGAGGCCGAGUCUAUGAAGGCCCCUGAGCUGAAGGAGCGGCUGGAGGAGUCCGAGAAACUAAUCCAAGAGAUGACGGUGACUUGGGAGGAGAAACUCAGGAAAACCGAGUCUAUUGCACAAGAGCGUCAGAGGCAGCUGGAGAGUUUGGGUAUUUCCCUGCAGUCGUCUGGCAUCAGAGUAGUGGAUGACAAGUGCUUCCUGGUCAACUUGAAUGCUGACCCUGCCCUCAAUGAACUGCUCGUCUACUAUCUAAAGGAGCACACGCGUGUGGGCUCAUCCAACUCACAGGACAUCCAGCUGUGUGGGAUGGCCAUCCAAGCCGAGCACUGCAUCAUCGAUAUCACCCAAAACGACGGUGUGGUGCUCACACCUCACCGUAAUGCUCGGACAUGGGUGAAUGGCACCAUGGUCACUGGUCCAGUGCACCUUCAUCACGGAGACCGGAUCUUGUGGGGAAACAACCAUUUCUUCAGGAUCAAUCUACCCAAGCAUUUGGUCCAUGCCGGGGGUGAGGAGGAGGAGGAGGGAAGAGCUAAGAUAAAAACCUACUUAAGUACGGAGCAACUGGAGGUGGACCUUGAUGCAUCCAGCGAUGUUUCUAGUGAAGUGGGCUUUGAAUUUGCUCAAGCUGAAGUCAUGAUGAAAGGAAUGGCCAUUAACGACCCCUUGCAGUCAGUAUUACAGACCCUUGAGAGGCAACAUGAGGAAGAGAAACGCUGCGCCCUGGAGCGGCAGAGGCAAAUGUACGAACAGGAGCUGCAGCAGCUUCGUCUGCGGCUCAACCCAGAGAAAUCGCCCCAUCUCCUCGACUUGUCGGGCUUACCAAAUAGUACUGCUGCCACUGGAACAUCUCUAGUCCCCCACAAACGUAUGAGGCGCUGGAGUGAAGACAGAGAGGCUAUGAUUACUCGAAGCCUUCGACGUCUAAAGGAGCAGAUCGUUCGUGCCAACCUUCUAGCUCAGGAGGCCUGCUUUAUUGCAGAGGAACUGAACAAAAGGACAGAGUACCUAGUGACUUUGCAGAUACCAGCUGCCAAUCUGGAUGCCAACAGGAAGCGUGAUGUGGUGCUGAGUGAGCCGGCCAUUCAGGUUCGCCGUAAAGGGAGAGGGAAGCAGAUCUGGGCAAUGGAGAAGAUGGAAAACAGGCUGGUGGAUAUGAGGGAUCUUUACCAAGAAUGGAAAGACUUUGAUGAAGACAACCCUGUGAUGCGGUCUUAUUUCAAACGAGCCGACCCAUUUUUUGAUGAGCAGGAAAACCACAGUCUGAUUGGAGUGGCCAAUGUUUUCCUGGCAUGCCUGUUCUAUGAUGUAAAACUGCAGUAUGCAGUUCCCAUCAUCAACCAGAAGGGAGAGGUGGCGGGCCGACUACAUGUGGAGGUAUGGCGAGAAAUAGAAAGCUCAGAGGCAGAAGGUUCAAUACAAAGUAGCACUGAUGGAGAUGCACAAGAGCGUAAACUGAACUGUGUGGUGAAAGUCCUUCAGGCUACCGGUCUUCCUCGUCACCUGUCUAACUUCGUCUUCUGCCAGUAUCACUUUUGUGGACAGACAGAGCCAAUGUUCAUUCCUCCGGAAUUAGGGCGGGCCCCCUCACCCUCUGCUUCCAAAGACCCUCAGUGCACCGUUAUUUUUGACAGCUCCAAGGAAUUUUCAGUGCCAGUGUCAGAGGACUUUUUGGAGUAUUUGUCUGAGGGUGCAGUGGCUAUCGGAGUGUAUGGUCACAAACAGGACAGCCAUCGGAGGAACUUGGCACUGUGGGACCUUGGUGUAAUUCAAGCCAAAACCCGUUCACUCAGAGAGAGGUGGAGCGAGGUGACUCGGCGAGUGGAGCUGUGGGUGCAGCUCAUGGAGCUAAAUGAUGCAGGGCAGUUCACACCCGUCGAAAUUCUUCCUGCAAAAGACGUAAGGACUGGAGGAAUUUUUCAACUUAGGCAGGGCCAGUCUCGCCGAGUCCAGGUGGAGUUGCACUCCGUGCCAGACUCUGGCACAAUGCCACUUAUCUCCAUCUCUAUCCUCUCUGUGUCCAUUGGAGACGUCAAGGUCCAAAAUACACCGAAAGGCAGGGACUCGAUGCUGGCUAGGGAUGAAGAAAUGGACAGUUACCAAGAAGAGGAUUUGGAAAGAAUGCGGGAACAGUGGCUGGCCACACUCACUCAGCGUCAGGAGUAUCUAGACCAGCAGUUGCAGAAGAUCGUGUCCAAACAAGAUAAGUCAGAAGACGAUUUAGAAAGGGAGUCUCAGCUGCUGGAGUGCCGUCUGACACUCACCGAAGAACGCAAUGCCGUUUUGGUGCCGUCAGCUGGCAGUGGCAUUCCUGGAGCACCAGUUGAAAGAGUUCCUGUACCAGGAAUGGAAACACACAUUCCUGUCCUGUUUCUGGAUCUCAGUGCUGAUGAUUUCCAGUCGAACCUUUCUGCCCCUCUCGCCGGGGGUGUCGAUGCAUAUCUUGCUGGGGAAUAUGAAGAUGACUUCUUUGACCUUCACAUUGUCAAACACGACGAUUCAGAAGUAAAGGUGGAGGCAUCCUGGGAUUCAACAGUACACGAUUGCCCUGAGCUCAGCCGUGUGGCAUCUGGUGAGCAGAGGGUCUACCUCACGAUCCGUGUCGUGGUUGAGUUGAGCCACCCUGCCCACAUGCAGCUGAUUCUGAGGAAACGCAUUUGUGUCAACGUCACUGGGAAAAAGGGUUUUGCUCAGAGCCUUCUGAAGAGGAUGUCCCAGCGCAGCACCAUCCCAGGAUGUGGCGUCACCUUUGAAAUUGUCUCAAACAUACCAGGAGAUUUCCACGGGCCAGAAGACCGAGAGAUGCUGGCCCGAUUAGCCGCUAGCACAGAUGAUGACCAGUCAGGCGACAGUGAGGCAGCUAUUGAGAAAUACCUGCGUAGCGUCCUGGCUGUGGAGAACAUCCUCACUCUCGACAGACUGCGACAGGAAGUAACAGUGAGGGAGCAACUAGCACUCAGAGGGAAAGUUCCCAGACGCUGCCUCAGCUCGCCAAACGUCAACCGGCUCUCAGUCGGCAAUCUGGAUGUGUUCUCUUCAACUCAUAAACUCUGUGACUUCAAGGGUUGGGAGAGUCACCAGGACCUCUCCGCUGCUUCUGCUCAGUCCAGGCGCACAUUGCCCAGCUCCAUAUCGCGCAGCCUGACCCCAGACACAGUGAAGGCUGUUCCUAAUCUCCUGAAGUCAUUGAUUUCUGGUGGAAAAGAAGAUAGUGGAGAACAGGCGACUAUCCAUCAACAGGUUGGCUGUCCUGAGCCCCAGCAGGACAGGAUAGAUGUGUUUGACCUACUCUCUACUGUCCAUAAUGUGCCUCGUAUCAUGGUGCAGUCAGCCAGUGUUGAAGAGGGAAUGAACACACAUCGGCAAGUUCCUACUGAGGAAAUCAGCCCUCCUGCCAUCCACCAGGAGAGUCCCAGAUUAGUGCCUCUCCCCCCACCAAUCAUCCCAGAGACAGAAGACUCCACCCAGAGCUCCAUGAGCGAAGCGUCAAGUGGUUACAUUUCAACGAGUAUCUCCACAGCGACGCUCUCUGACGUCUACACGCUGAGCUGGGACCAUCCUCCGUCAUCAGGCCAAAAAGCUGAUAGCUACGAGGCCGUGACAGAUGAAGAAGAAAAUAAAGUGAUACAGAGCCUUUCCUUGCAAUCUGACAGUGGCUCUGGAUCUGAACCUCAAGAGUUUUUCCAGGCAGCUACGGAGAACACCAACCUACCGCAGUCCAAACCAAAUCACAAUUCAUCUGAUUUAAAUCAACAGAAACCAAAUCCAUCUCCUGUCCAUGAAGUCAAAGCCCCGUCUCUAUGCGUAGACUCCAACAUUCCACCAACAACAGUGCAUUUAGAACACCGCUCGAUGGAAUCGGCACAAUCAGACGGUGAGCUGUCACUCACAAAUUCAUUUAUAGUCCAAGUGCAACAACCAACAGACUCAAAACCAAAGACCUCUGUGACAGGAACAGUUCAAAUGAAUACGAAAGAAUCAACUAAAGCAAUUCAAGAAGUGUUAAAGAAGAAUGAACAAUCCAAAUUGGAAGAGCCUGCCCAAAUGUCCUCUGAACCGUCUAUAGUCCCACUGGAGGAUUCUGAUCCACUAGCUUGUCCUCAGGAAAAAUCCCCUUUGAAGAACACCAGUGGUUCUGCCAUCUCAACAUCCAGCGACGUCCACCUAGAAAACCUUGAUGCCGCAGCAGAACCCAACGUGCAACCCUCCGAAUCUGCAGCAGCAGUCAAGCCUUUCAAGAUCCAGAAAGUCCAGUCGUCAGACCUCAAGUCCUUCCAACGGAUACUCGGUGACUCGGAGGGGGAGCCUGUUCAGACCGACACCUGCGCCUCUUCAAAAUCGGACUCUAAUCUGGCAGAGCCCUUGGAGCUCAUUUUAGAUUGCGAGGAAGGCGAGGCAGCUUCCGGGGUCAUUCUGCCCGACUGGAUAAAAGAAGGGGAAUUUGUCACUGUAGGGACCAAUAAAAGAGGCAUCGUGCGCUACGUGGGACCCACAGACUUUGCUGAGGGCAUGUGGGUGGGAGUGGAACUUGAGGUACCUGCAGGAAAGAAUGACGGCUCCGUAGGCGGGAAGCACUACUUCCACUGUAAUCCAGGUUACGGAGUGCUAGUCCGGCCGGACAGGGUGACCCGGGGUGGCGGCAAACGCCGACGACAGCAACAGAAGCGCCGCAGCGCCAACUUGUCAGGAUCAGCUCCAAACCUGGCGGCGCUCACUGCUCUGGCUAAAGGUGCAUCAUCGUCUCGCAAUAUUGCAGAAGACCAUAAAAAUUCUUGACAGGAGAGAAUGAGAAGCCUCAGAUGUGCAGAUUUGGCUUGGAAGUGUUUUCUACAUCACAUAUUUGAUGUUAAAUGUCUUUCUACAUGUGGAGAUAUGACCCAUUUCUCCCAGUUUUCAUUCAAUGCUGGAUGUGUUCACUUGAACACUUUGUAAUGCUACAUGCCAAGUAAGUAACUGUUUUUGCAUUAACAGUUAUAUACUGAAUUUAGAAUCUUAAGGUGGCUUCAUGGAAAAGGUUUGCUGCUUUAGGGUUAUGUUUUCUAUAAUUACUUUUAAGCAUUUUUAAUGUUUUUUGUUUGGGGGGGGCGUACUGAUCUUUGUGUGCCUUGAUUGUUUGGAAGUGCAAAGCUUUUUAACGUCAUUUAAAAAAUAAAUAAAAAAUAGUCUCAGAUUUUGUGAUAUAACAUAAAUUGUCAUUUUCUGAUCUGAAACAAUCAUGUCUUAUUCCCAGAGGGCAAUGAAAAGAUUUAAAAACA